AACGAAUUAAAAAUUAUAUAUAUUAAAAAUACAAAUCAAUAAUGAAAUUCAAAUACUUAUUGCUAAUUUUCGCCUUUACUAUUGUUUUAGCGGAUGCAGCACCGGGGAUAUUGAAACGUCAUUGGUCCCCUAUUUGGAAACGUGACGCGGACGCAGAAGCCAUACCCGCAAUAAUAGAGAAACAUGGGCCGAACGGAGAAGUCCUAUGGGCUGACGACCCAUCUGUAUUAUGGUAACGCGGACGCAGAAGCAUUGGCGGCAUCGUCAUUGAAACGUGAUGCGUUAUAAACGGAUUAUUAAUCGUGAUGCAGACGCAGUACAAUUAUUGAUCUUUGCUAGAUAUGUAACGAUUC